AAAAUCUUGAAUUCUGUAUUUUGGAAAGCUAAAGUCUUAAAGUCAGCAAAAAACUUGAAUUGCGAAUUUUGGAAAGCUAAAAACUUGAGGUCAGCCAAAAUCUUGAAUUUGGGAUUUUGGAAAGCUAAAAUCUUGAAGUCAGCCAAAAUAUUGAAUUCAGGAUUUUGGAAACCUAAGAUCUUGAAGUCGGCCAAAAUCCUGAAUUCAGGAUUUUGGGAAGCCAAAAUGUUGAAGUCAACCAAAAUCUUGAAUUCAAGAUUUUGAAAGCUAAGAUCUUGAUGGCAGCCAAAAUCUUGACGUCAGCAAAAAUCUUGAAUUCAGGAUAUUGGAAAGUUAAAAUCUUGAAGUCAGCCGAAAUCUUGAAUUCAGGAUUUUGGAAAGGUUUAAUCUUUAAGUCAGCCAAAGUCUUGAAAUCAGGAUUUUGGAAAGGUAAAAUCUUAAAGUCAGCCAAAAUCUUGAUAUCAGGAUUUUUCAAAGGUAAAAUCUCGAAGUCAUAAAGAAUCUUGAAUCCAGGACUUUGAAAACCCAAAACCUUAAAGUCAGCCAAAAUAUUGAACUCAACAUUUUUCAAAGGUAAAAUCUUAAAGUCAGCCAAAAUCUUGUAUUCAGGAUUUUGGAAAGCUAAAGUCCUGAAGGCAACCAUAAUCUUGAAUUGAGGAUAUUGGAAAGUUAAAAUCUUGAAGUCAACAAAAAUCGUGAAUUCAGGAUUUUGAAAAGCUAAAAUGUUGAUGGCAUCCAAAAUCUUGAGGUCAGCCCGAAUUUUUAAUUCGCUACUUUGAAAAGCUAAAAUGUUGAAGUCAGCCAAAAUCUUGAAUUCAGUAUUUUGAAAAGCUAAAAUUUUGAGGUCAGCCAAAAUCUUGAAUUUAGGAUUUUGGUUAGCUAAAAUCUUAAAGUCAGCAAAACUCUUGAAUUCAGAAUUUUGCAAAUCAAAAAUCUUGAAGUCAGCAAAAAUCGUGAAAUCACGAUUUUGGAAAGCUAAACUCUUGAAGUUAUUUUAAAUCUUGAAGUCAGGAGUCUGGAAGGCUAAGAUCUUGAAGUCAGCCCAAAUUUUAAAUUUAGAAUUUUGGAAAGAUAAAAUCUUGCUGUCAGCCCAAAUCUAUAAUUUAGGGUUUUGGAAAGCUAAAAUCUUAAGCUCAGCCAAAAACUUGAAUUCAGGAUUUUGGAAAGCUAAAAUCUUAAAGUCAGCCAAAAUCUUGAAUUCAGGAUUUUUAAACGCUUAAGUCUUGAAGUCAGCGAAAAUCUUCAAUUCAGGAUGUUGGAAAGUUUAAAUCUUGAAGUGAGCGGAAAUCUUUAAUUUAGGAUUUUGGAAAGUUAAAAUCUACAAGUCAGCCAAAGUCUUAAAAUCUAGAUUUUUGAAAGCUAAAAUCUUGAAGUCAGCCAGAAUCUUCAAGUCAGCCAAAAUCUUGAAUUGAGGCUUUUGAAGAGCGAGAAUUUUGAAGUCAGCCACAAUCUUGAAAUAAGAUACAAUAUUGAAUUCAGUUGUUUGGAAAGCUAAAAUCUUAAAGUCAGCCAAAACCUUGAAUUUAGGAUUAUGGAGAGCUAAGGUCUUGAAGUCGGCCAAAAUCUUGAAUUCAGGAUUUUCGAAAAAAAAAGAUGUAGAAGUCGGCCAAAAUCUUGUAUUUAGGAUUUUGGACAGCGAAAGUCUUGAAGUCAACCAAUAACUUGAAUUCAGGAUUUGGAAAGAUAAAAUCAUAAAGUCAGCCAAAAUCUUGAAUUCAGGAUUUUGGAAGGCUAAAAUCUUGAAGUCAGCCAAGAUCUUAAACUCAGGAUUUUGGAAAGCUAAAAUCUUAAGGUCAGCUAAAAUCUUCAAUUCAGAAUUUUGGAAAGCUAAAAUCUGUAAGGUCAGCUAA